AUGUUCGAGACGCUGUCGCAUCGGCACAACCACAACAUAGCAGCAGCCACCGCCUCCGCCGCUUGUUCUACUCACGGCCAUCACGACACAGACGCGCUCGCGCAUCUCCCCACCUCACGCAGCGAAUUCGCACCCAUGUCGUCCGUGAAGGCGACCGAACCCUCCUUGGAGCCCCCACCUCGACCGCCAUCCUCACCAGGAAAAGAAGAAGAAGAAGAUGAUGAUGAUGAAGAAGUCUUGCGCCGCGCCAUAUCGACUGCCUCGAAGACCUCCAAUCACUCUCACGGCAUUCUUCUCACUUCGACUUCAGCCAGGACGCCAAUCUUGGAUGACAACAGACCACAAGUCGCGGCUCCCCCUUCAAGCGAGUUGAUCAUCCCCGUUCCAGCUGCUCAAAAUCUUGAAGAAGACGAAGAAGACGAAGAAGAAGCAGGAAAGUGA